CGCUGCGCUCGUCACUGUCACUUUUUACCCAUCCGACCAAUUAUAGCGGAGGAGGGGCGGGACAAAUACCAUAAAGACCAACUGUCACAUCCUUCACGUUCAAGUACUGAACAACACCAAAACGGAAGAGAAAUUACUACUGCUGGACUCCGUGUAUUCAUGUCUGUGCCAGUUGAUAUCCCGGGACUACCACAAUAUCAAUAUGAGAAAUAACGCUUGGAGGAACGGUUCUUUCGCCAUGGGUCUAUCAGGUAAUGAUCUUCCAGUGUCCUAUCUCCGCCUUUUGGCCCCACCCUUGCAGCUUUUUUCCGCUGCAAUGUGGCAAGUUGUUCAGCAAGGACUAGUGGAUCACUAUGGGAUGCUGGAGGAGUUUGUUACCAUGGUGACGGAGCUGGUUCCAGAGCUGAUGAGUUAUAGUCAGAGGGCACAGCUCAUCCUGGGACUCAGGGCCAGGCUGGUUUUGGAGUUGUGUCGUGGUGAGAACCCGGUUGACAUCCAGGCCAUUCAGCCUCACCUAGACCGAAUCAAGGCUCCUAUCAGCACCGCUAAGGACCACCAUGCAACAAUCAACCAAGUGGAGGAAUCUGAGGUAAACUUUGUGGAGCUGGUCCAUACCUUACUGGAGGACACCUCUGAAAGAGAACACUUUUUCCAGGAGAUCUUUCCUGUUCAUUUUGGAUCAAAGUAUGACACAGCACUCGAGAUGCUGGUGUGGGAGUUUAUAUCAAGACUAGAGAAGAUCCUGCCAGUUCCAGACUUCACACAGAUGGUAGCGUGGCUUGGAGACACUCCGUCAUUCUUAGAUGACUGUUUACAAUCCUUUUCCCCACCAGAAGACAUGAAGGCUAUACUUGAGCACCACAGAAACCUUGGCCAUAUCGAAGAGAAAGAUCCCAGUUUAUUACCAAUGGACGACUGCAUCCUCUCCUCCCUGUCCUUGCCUCCAUCGACCAGACAUGUCAUUAACACAGCCUCCCACAUGUCAGCCCUUGAAGACUCCCCCCUCCCAGAGAAAGAAGAGCAAUACGACAUUCUCGAUGACCAGGUAGAGAGCGAUUCAGAGAGACUCGCAUAUAACCUGAGAGAGGAGCAGUGGCUGAGGGCUCAAGGCAGCAAUAGUAAAUUCUCACAGGAAGUGGACUCCACAGACAUCGCACCUUCCAUAGAGCCUGAGGCCACAGGUUCAGCAACCAGCGAUAACAUGAGGGGAGGGCGGAUCCUGAGGAAGAGGAAACUGAGUGGGGGCUUGGAUGCUCCCUCAAAACGACUUACAGAGGCAUCUGCUUAUCUUGACUCCUCAUUGGAGAGUUCAGGUCAAUCUCCUUUAAUUUCCAUAUGGGGAGAAUACACAGAUCCGGAGGAGGCUUCUUACCAAGUGACAGCUGAUGCCAAAGUCCCCUGGUCGGAUGAAGAGACUCUCAACCUGCUAGACAUCUGGGGGAAGGACUCGGUGCAACGGGUUUUGAAAGGCUGCCUGAAAAACCGGCCCAUAUUCACUCUCAUCUCACAAAAGAUGGCGGAGAGGGGCUACAUGAGAACUGUGGAGCAGUGUCAGACCAGAAUCAAGCGGCUAAAGAAAUGCUUCCGCCAGUGCCUCCACAACAAAAGAGGGAACCCAAGACUGGAGUGUAAGUUUUAUGAUCAGCUGGAGCGAGUGCUUGGGACCGCGGCCCCCUCUGCUGUCCCCGAGGUCGCAUACGACGUGGACGAGGGGAUCGAUGGAGACCAGUCCAAUGACGGUUGUGAAGACUGGCAGUUUCUCAGUCACACUGGACAAGAGGACAGCGGGACUAGAAGUGUCCCAUGGACAGACUUUGAGACCUUGGCCCUCAUUGACAUAUGGAGUGAGGACAAAAUCCAACAGGAACUGAGAGGCAUGCACAGAACAGGCCACAUUUUUGCUCUCAUAUCUGACAAGAUGGCCGCCCAGGGCUUCUCUCGAACAGCAGAGCAGUGCCAGACGAGGGUGAAACGGCUGAAAACAAGUUUCAGACAGUGCUACGAGAACAACAUAAAGGGACGGGAGCAAGUCGAGUGCAAGUUUUACGACCAACUGGAGAGAAUUUUUCUGAAGGACGUGCCAUCAUCUGUGCCGUUAACCGACGGCAACAGCGCUGACCUUGAUAUCGGACAAGAAGAGUCAAUGGAUAAAGAUUUCUCUGGUUGCUCUCGUCAGGAUUUUGAGGCCUGUGUUGGUGUUCUGGAGGAGAAGAAGAAGGUCCCCUGGUCCGACAGAGAGACUCUCAUCCUAUUGGAGCUCUGGGGAGACUACCAGGUCCAGAAGAACCUCAGACGGUGCCCCCACAAUGGCCACAUCUUCUCAAAGAUAUCAGAAAAACUCAGCGACAGCGGUUAUGCCCGCAGCGCUGAGCAAUGCCACACCAGGAUCAAACGGCUAAAAGCGAGCUACCGCCAGUGUCAGGAAAAUAUGAGCUUUUCAGGGACUGAUCGAGUUGAUUUUAAAUUUUAUGACUUGAUGGAGCAAAUACUGGAAAAGCAACCCUCAACAUCUUCCACUCUGGUAACAGAAUCCAUUGAACUCUCAGAGGACUCCAGCAGCGACUCAGUAGAUGACUCAGGAGAAAUUAGCGGGCCAUCUGAGAAGGUAGCGCCUGGCUUCUGGUCUGACGAAGAGACACAUGCUCUCAUCGACAUCUGGGGCGAAGAGGAAGUUCAGACUGCCCUGAGGGGAUUUGUCCACAAUGGACACGUGUACGCCGACAUUUCAGAGAAAAUGCACAGUCUCGGCUACUCCAAAACCCCGGAGCAAUGCCGCUGGAAAGUCAAGUCGCUGAGGAACAACUUUCGCCAGUGCUACGACAGGAAAAAGUGCGGAAGAAACAAAGUUGAGUAUAAGUUUUAUCACCAUCUGGAGGGAAUACUCGGACAGGAGGCUAGCUCUAUUGAUGAGUAUGACGAAAGAGAUGAACAGGUGGACCAGGAUGCAGCAGGUGCAGACGGGACCAAAUACCCUCCUUGGUCGGAGCAAGAGACUGUAGCUCUCAUUGAACUGUGGGCGGCAGAUGAUGUGCAGCACAGUCUGAAAACUUGCCUCCGUAACGGGCACAUAUUUGCUGAAAUUGCGAACAAGAUGGCCGCCAUGGGAUACACAAAGACAAUGGAGCAGUGCCAGUCAAGGAUGAAAAGAUUGAGGAAGACGUACAGACGUUUCUGUAGCAGCCGGAGAAGCGGAGGUCAUCCCAUACUGUUUAGGUACUACCAGCUCUUGGAGCCUGUACUCGGCGAUGACUCUCUCUGUCCAGAUGUAGACAGCGCCGGGGAUGAUGACGCUGAGCAGCCUUUACUGGACCAGGAGGCAGACAUGUAUGACCAAGCCUCAACAAGUCACCUCGCCGAGUCGAGCAAAAAGCUGCCUUGGUCAGACAAGGAGACCCGUGCCCUGUUGGAGGUGUGGGGGGAGGACGACGUCCAGGUCGCCCUGAGAGGCUGCCUGAAGAACCGGCAUGUAUUCGAGUACAUCUCUCAGAAGAUGAGAGCUCAGGGAUUCAUAAGGACCACAGAACAGUGCUACACCCGAAUAAAGCGCCUUAAAGCUGGCUUCUUCCAUGACAAGGAGGAGUUUAAAUUCUUCAAUCAGAUGGAGGAGAUCUUCAGCAGGGAGCUGAAAGCUGAUGGGUCAGUUCAAGGAUCCUUGUUCAUCGGAGAAGCCUUUGAGUCUGAACUUGAGGUUGAACAAAAGAGAGUUAACCAAUGGGCCGCCGAUGGCUCCAAGUUGCCUUGGAGUGACAGUGAGACUGAGGUCCUUCUGGACAUCUGGGGGAGUGAGGAGAUCCAGGAGGACUUGAGGAGCUCCAUCAAGAACAAACACAUCUUUGUCCAAAUCUCUGAGGCCAUGGCCAGCCAGGGCUACCUACGGACCGCUGAGCAGUGUCAGAGCAGGGUCAAGAGACUAAAGGGCAACUUUCGCCAGUUUAUUGAAGGCAGAAGGGGCGGAGGAGAGAAGCAGGAGUGUAAAUUCUUUGACCAGUUGCUGAGGGUUCUUGGGAGCCAGUAUGUAAACCAAGACUCCUUAGCGGAGGAGUCCAGCAAUGUCAAUGAUUCGGGCAGCUGUCCGUCACCCUAAAAACCCGACCGCACACGAGGAGACGGUGAGCCUUCACAACAUCCGUCCAGAAGGUCCAAGAAAAAAAAAUCCGAUAAACAAGUGGAUACCUUUAUGCCAACGUUGCAUUGUUAAUACCCCGAGGAGAACUGCAGUUAAUGUAUGAGAGGCAAACCGGGGCAAUUUAGCUCGUCCUGCUGCACCUAAACCCAACCCCCCCUUUUCUUUUUCUUUUUUUCUGGUCUUACUGUGAUUUGAGUGGCCCGGAGAUUUCUGCUUAUGAACCCUUUUAAACCUGCAUACACAGUGGGGUGCUGUGUGUGUGUGUGUGUGUGUGUGUGUGUGUGUGUGUGUGUGUGUGUGUGUGUGUGUGUGUGUGUGUGUGUGUGUGUGUGUGUGUGUGUGUGUGUGUGUGUGUGUGUGUGUGUGUGUGCAGCCGUUUAACACAAGGUCAAGAAAACUAACCUUAAGUGGUAAUGUGAAAUGUAACAAUGGGGUGAAAAAGACCCUUGGCAAGCAAAUAGGCCUCUGAAUAUCAUGUCAAGGUUUCUUCUGUUUUGUUUUUUUCUAAUAUAUUUUUUGCAUCAACUCUAAAGGGAAGGGCAUUAAAGCACAUUUAUUAAGGCAAAAAAUAAGGGCUUGAUAGCCUGUGUUAUUUCACUGUUUUGUAAUAUUGGGGCUAUGUGAGUUUCACAGCCAAACUUGUUAAACUGAAAAUGUUAGAAAUCUAGGAAUUUAAGUUACGUUUCCUGUUAGACUCAUUUUACAUUUCUCUGGAUUUAGGACUGUUAUCUAAACAUGUAAAAUGCAAGUGUGUUUUGAGAAUAUUUGUUCCAUCAGAUGUUUUGUGGGCUCUGAGAUGUUGCACCUGCAGUUUUUUUUUGUUUUUUUUCAAGUGCCACGUUUUUGCUUAUUUAUUUCCUGAGCCCACCCGUUUAUUGUGAAAUUUAUUUCGCUCGUGUCUUUUAGGUGUUAUUCUGUCUUAUUUCCAAAUGUUUUUUUUUUACUGGUAACGUUUAUACACAAGAAUUAUAACAAACUUGAAAUGUUUGAAGGAGGUUUUGUUUCCAUAAACUAGUGCCACCUAAUAUUGGUUGACUAUUUAUUUGCUAAUGUGGACGUGUUGUGUGUUGGAGUAUGGAAAGUCUGUCAAAGUCUUGAAAUAAGAUUUUGAUAGGUUUUCACAAAUAAAUGUUUGGAAAUAAAGUAAGGUAUUGGGA